AUGUAUAAGGCAUACCGAGCACAUGGAACGAGCCAGUUCGUCUGCGAAAUUCUGGAAUGGGAUGAUGUUGUGCUUCUUGAGCAUUGGGAAUUCCACAAACACCGAAUACAUUUACCUCCGAACGAUAGUGAAACAUUCAAGCGACCCAUUCAUCUGGAUGGGGUGCAAUUGGAGCGAGAUGGAGAGUUGAAUAAAGAAUUUCGACAAGAGGUGUUGUUAGGUGGUGAUCCGAAGGAUUCUGUAGAGCUGAAAGAAAUGGUCAGACAGAUGUUUGAGGCAAGCGAUGUAGACAAAGAUGGCUUUCUAACACUUGAAGAAUUAGAAGGACGAAUCGUGAACAAUACCAGAGCUCACCUGGAGGAAGGUAUUGAAGAAGCUAGGACUCACUUCGAUAUUGUGUCCUGGAGUGAGUACGAACCUCACUACUUGUCAGAAGAUUCUAAAAAUGAUGGACAUGAUCAUAGAAACGUUGCUGACAAUGAUUUGUCGUUACCUGGCCCAGAACGAGCAUCUUUCGAUCGAGCAGACAAAAAUGCCGACGGAUACCUUGACCCUGAGGAAUGGUUGAGAUUUUUCCAUCCUGAACAUAACAAUGACUCUCUGAUGGAUAUGGCACGUGAUAUACUCAAACUGUACGGAAGUUAA